AUGGUGGAAACCGGACACUUAGCUCGGGCGUUGGAAGAGGAUGGCAUUGUUCGAAACAAGGCAAGAUCCAAUGGAGUGAUCAUGUGCUGGCCUUGUCCUAAAGUCUGUGGGAUUGCCAGUAUGAAGGCAUGUUCAUUGAACAGCCGGGUGAUGGAGCUCCUAGCUUUGUGGUGGGUGGUUGAAUGGCGCCGCAUGAUGGUAUUGGAUCAUGAAGACAUGUCCAAGGUCUACGUUGACAGUUGGGGGAUGAAGCGUUGCUUCACACAUCUGUUAAGGCGUUGGCUCUCGGGCACCGACCCUACUUUGCAGCCCAUUUGGGACAUCUUUGAUGCUGUAUGGGGAAGAGAUGAUGAGGAACCUGCCCGCAAUGAUGCUUUCAUGGCUGCUCGCGCUGAGAUCCUGGCCAUCGAAGAUGGCAGCCCGUAUGAGCCCAACGAAGGACCUGAGGAUGGAAGUCUUUGGGAUGGCUAUCAUGAUCCGGAGUUGGACACCCUCCCUGAUGAUGGUGAGCAUGCUGACCAUGACAGUCUUGGCUCAGCUUCAGUUGCAACUACCGAACCGGAGCAGACUCCAGACCCUGUGACCGUUGAGGACAGCCAGCCCGUGAUGGAUUCCCAGGCGGAUCCUAGCUUGUUGUCCCCACCACCAUACUUGGAGGAACCAGAUUCGCAGCCCAUCGAAGAGGAGACCUACUUGUUCUCUGAUGUGGAGGAUGAGAUCCCUAGCAGUGUCACUGAAGAUGUGAAGGAUGAGAGCCCUCCACCACAUCCAGCCCAUCGGAACCUUCCUGCUUUGUUUGGGGGUCCCAGCAGCUUCACGCCAGCGCCAUCAAGCCUGAUGCCACCACCACCGGCACCUGGGCCAGACUUCUUGGAGAAGAAGAGGGCGCAGCUCGAAGCCCAGCUGAACAAUGUCAGGCAGCGGAUUGUGGACAGGGAGAGAUUCGUCCGAAGCCAGAGCAGUGCAGAUCUUGGUACGGUGGCACCUGCUGCAUCAGAUACCAUGGACACCCUGCCCUAUGAGCCUGGGGAGCCAGAGUCUCCUACCAAGCUGCCCAACGAUGACCAGCCCAGUGGCGCCAGUGACCCACCGGAGCCUUUGCCAUCCUCGCAAGUGACUGGUGAGGAUGACCAUGACGUUUCUCCUUCGCAGCCGAGGGAGGAGCUAUGCUUGGACAAGUUGGAGGCUCCAAUGGUUACUCGCCGGGAGCAACGUGAGAAGAACAUGGACACCGAAGAUGGCAAAGACGCAGAGAAACCCGAUGCAGAGAGCAAGACUCCAGCCAGGGCCAAGAGGACCAAGGGGGCCAACAAGCAAGACCAAACGGGGGAGAAAGCCCCCAAGGGCACACGCGCAUCCAAGCCCAAAAAGACCGAGAAGGACAAGGAGACAAAGGAGAAAGACGCAGCUGUGGAGAAAGCCCCAAAGCGGAGAUGCGCAUCCAAGCCCAAAGAGACCGAGAAGGACAAGGAGACAAAGGACAUUGAGAAGGAGGAAGACGCAGCUGAGGAGAAAGCCCCCAAGCGCAGACGCGCAUCCAAGCCCAAGGAGACCGAGAAGGACAAGGAGACAAAGGACAUUGAGAAGGAGGAAGACGCAGCUGAGGAGAAAGCCCCCAAGCGCAGACGCGCAUCCAAGCCCAAGGAGACCGAGAAGGACAAGGAGACAAAGGACAUUGAGAAGGAGGAAGACGCAGCUGAGGAGAAAGCCCCCAAGCGCAGACGCGCAUCCAAGCCCAAGGAGACCGAGAAGGACAAGGUGGACAAAGCCCCCAAGCGCAGACGCGCAUCCAAGCCCAAAGAGACCGAGAAGGACAAUGUGGACAAAGCCCCCACGCGCAGACGCGCAUCCAAGCCCAAAGAGACCGAGAAGGACAAGGAGAUUGAGAAGAAGAAUUCAGAGCCUGAGGCUUUGGAAAACAAGACGUCAAAGACUUGGGCGGGGAGGUGGAUUCCCACGGAGGCCAAUGCUUUGGCAAAAUUCAAUGCGAUUCGCCAUGUGUUCGACCAGUGUUUGUCGAAAAAAUUCCGGAGCCCAUCUUCGUUCCAACCCCCAUGGUUCAAGCAAUGCUCCAAUGCAUUCAAGUACAAGAACUUGGACAAGGGCAGUUGCAAACAGGAAGAUCUCAUUGCAGCAGCAGAGCUCGAGGUGGAGAAGUUCUUGAGCUUGGAUUUCGUGCGCAUCUAG